AUCUUGAAUGUAGCCAGGCAGUGUGCUGCCCAUCCUCUCCACGACCCGCCCAUUCGCCGCUGCUGCCUGAGCCUGGUCAGGUGUUCGUUGUACAGCGACGUAAACUCUGCAUUUGGAAAACCUGACUGGAUUUUCGUGUGCGGACAAACGACAGUCGAGGCCAUGCUCAGACGGAUACUUCAGAUGACUCCUGGGAAGGGAGGCUCCCAGAAUGCAGAGUCAGAGCAGCCCAGCACAGACCUUAACCAUGAUCAGACGUCUGAGGGCUUCAUCUGUCCUCAGUGCAUGAAGUCGCACAACUCUGCAGAGGAGCUGUUCAAGCACUAUGAGCUGUUCCAUGAUACUGGAGACCUGCCUGCUCACAUGGCCCCUACUCGGGAAGACCUUACAAUGCUGCGGCAAGAGGUUCAAGACCUGCAUGCUUCCCUUAAGGAGGAACGAUGGUUUUCUGGAGAGCUCAAGAAGGAGUUAGACAAAGUCCAAGGACAACUGAAGCAAAACGAUGGACAGAUGGACUCAGAGGAUUCAGUUCUUGAAAGGAAGUUGAAUGAAGCAGAGACAGAAAAGUUUAACAUCAAGCAGAUGAAAGACCUGUUUGAGCAGAAGGCCGCCCAGCUGGCCACGGAGAUAGUAGACUUGAAGUCCCGCUAUGAUGAGGAGAAGAGCCUAAAGGAGGCUGCUGACCAGAGGCUGGCCAAAUUGACUGAACAGCUCCAGAAAGAGAAGCAGGAGAAUGAGCGACUCCAAACAGAGCUGCUGCAGCGACCAGGAGUGGAGGAUGUGGAGGUACUGCAGAAGGAGCUGGUGCAGGUCCAGACACUGAUGGACAGUAUGACCCGCGAGAGGGAGGAGGAGUCUGAACGCCUCAAAAACCACUACGAGCAACUGAAGGCUAAUUACACUACCUCAGAGAUUCGUAAACUGGAGAUGACCAUAUCCCAACUAAAAGCAGAGCUAGAGAAGGGUCCACAGGAAGCAGCCGUCUACACGCAACAGAUCCACGAGCUGCAGAGCAAUCUGAAUAAUUUGCAGCAGCAAAGCCAGAACUUGUCUGAAAAGCUGGCACGAAAAGAGAAAGAGUACCAGGAGCUGGAGGAGCAUCUGGGAGCUGAGAAGGCUACCAAGAAGGAAGUUCAAGGCAGCCUGAGGGAGAGGGAGCAUGAGGUUCAAGAGCUCCAGUCUAGGGCCACAGGGGCUGAGGCCUCCCUGCAGAAGGCCCAGGCGGAGCUCGGGGAGAGGGCUGAGGAGGUGGCAAAGUUGAAGAGUGAGAUUGGGGAACUGGAGGUGAAGCACGCUGAGCUGAAGGUUGAGAGGAAACAGUUGGAACAGCAAAGAGAAGAAAAAGAGAGCCACGGUGCUCAGCAGCAGACUGAGAUCAGUCAGCUGCACGCCAAACUGCUGGAGGCGGAGAGGCAGCUGGGCGAGGUGCAAGGUCGUCUCAAAGAACAGAGGCAACUGUCGGGGGAGAAACUAAAAGACCGCGAGCAGCAAGCAGCCGACCUGCAGCUCAAGCUAUCCCGUGCAGAAGAACAGUUGAAGGAGAGUGGCAGUAAGAAUACAGACCUGCAUCACCAGCUGGAGAAAGCCAAGCAGCAGCACCAGGAGCUGCAGGCGCUGCAGCAAAACACCAACGGCAAACUCCGCGAGGCACAGAAUGACCUGGAGCAAGUUCUGCGUCAGAUAGGAGACAAAGACCAGAAGAUCCAGAAUCUGGAGGCCCUGCUGCAGAAGAGUAAGGACAUUGUGACUCAGCUGGAAACUGAGAGAGAGGACUUAUGUGCCAAGAUCCAGGCCGGGGAGGGAGAGACGGCCGUGCUCAAUCAGCUAAAAGAGAAAAACCAUGCACUACAAGAACAGGUCACACAGCUGACUGACAAGCUGAAGAACCAGUCAGAGAGCAACAAGCAGGCCCAGGAUAACUUACAUGAGCAGGUCCAGGAGCAGAAGACCCUUCUGCGUUCAGCCCAAGACAGAGCCCAGACCCUGGAGACCUCAGUCACCGAACUCACCGCCCAGCUUGCAGAAAGCAAGGAGAAAGUAUCCCAGCUGGACGCUCAGCUGAAGGCAAAAACAGAGAUGUUGCUGUCUGCAGAGGCAGCCAAGGCUGCACAGAAGGCUAACCUGGAGAACAACCUGGAGACUGCUCAGCAUGCAUUGCAGGACAAGCAGCAGGAGUUGAAUAAAGUUCAGAAGAAGGUGGAGGAGCAGGCCCAAAGACUCAAGGAGAGACAGGAGCAGUGCACACAGCUGGACACCACUCUGAAGGAAUGCAAAGACAAACUAAUGGCCUCAGAACAACGUAUAGAGCAGCUGGAGGGGCUCAAUAAGAAAUUGGAGGCACAGGUUGUGGAGUUGCAGGCCACACGUGACCAGGUGCAGCAAGAAGUGCAGAAGCUGCACAAGGAAGGGUCAGAGGUAAAACGAAAAGCCAAGGAGCUGCAGCGCUCGCUGGAGAAAGAGAAAGCGGGGGCCGCAACACUACAAGAAGAGUUAAAUAAAAAAGCAGCUUCCCUGAGUGACAUUCAGCAGCAGCGGGAGCGCAGUGAGCAGGACAAAGCUGCUCUGAAGGUGACCUUGGAUAAGGUGACUCAGGAGGGAAACACAAAGUACGCAGAGCUGGACAAGAAAGCUCAGAGCCUGGUGGCAGACCUACAGAAGGCCCAACAGGAGAAAGAAGCUCAAAGGAAGGAGCUUGUCGCUACGCAGGAGAACCUAGGAAAGGCUAAUAAGGCACUGAAAGAGAGUCAGAGUCAGCUGGACACAGAGCGAAAGAACCAUAAGUCAGCCAUGGGGGAGAAGGAAAAGUCCAAUGAAAAGGCCAGGCAGGAGCUUGUUAAGAAUAACGAGGCCAUCACCAAGGCGAUGAACGCAUCUAAAGAACAGCUGGAGCAGAUGAGAGAGGCAGAGAAGAAGUUGAAAGUGCAGCUGACCACAGUGGAGCAACAGCACUCAAAGACUCAAGAGGCACUGAAGGACAAAGAAAGUCUGUUGGAGAAGCUGCGGGCACAACUUAAGACGGCCCAGGGGUCCUUUGAGGAAGAAACAAAGAAAUUGAAGGGCCAAGUGGCAGAGUUACAGGAAGUGAAUGUCAAGAAGGCACAAGAGGAGAGUAAGCUGAGGUCGCAGGUGUCGGGGCUCAGCCAGGAGCUGGCCUCUGAAAAGAGCCGGACAACAGAGCUGCAGAAGGCCUUUGAGCAAAGCCAGGAAAGCUUCAGUAAGCUUCAGUCUGACUUCUAUGGCAAGGAGUCUGAGGUCUCUGCCAUGCGUCAAGACCUGAAGGCGUCACAGGAGAAGCUGAACCUGGCUCAGGAAGAGCUAGCUGCUAACCGAACCCAUCAGACAGGUUUAGAGGCUCAGAUCCAAGAGCUGCAGACCGGUCAGGGCUCGUUGCAGCAGGAUUUGGCAAAACGAGACCAGAAGCUCCAACAGCAAGAACAAACCCUGAGGGAACUACAGAAGCAACAGGGCCAAAUAAAGGAGGAACUGGAGAAGGAGAGGAGCAAAGUGGAGGAGCUGAACAAAGCCAAGGCUGUCCUGGAAAAGAAUAACACCAAACAGAUUUCUGAAUUGAAAGCACUAACGGAGAAGAGUGAGAAGGAGCUGGGAGAGUUGCGGGAAGCCAAACAGCUGUUGAUCCAGCAGAAACUGGAGAUGCAGGGUCAGGUGGAGGCAGCACAGGGUGCCCUUGAGAAGGAGCAGAAAGAGCACCAGGCCACUAGGGACAGCAGAAACCAGAGAGAGGAGCAGCUCUCCGCCCAAACCAAGGAGGUCCAGGAUAAACUGCUGGCAGAGAAGCGAGCCAGGGAAGAGCAGGUGAAGCGUGGGGAGGAGAUGAAAGCCAAGAUGGACGUGCAGGUGACGGCUCUGAAUGAAAACGUGGCCACACUGAAGAGAGAGUGGCAGGGAAGUCAACGGAGAGUUGGUGAACUGGAAAAGCAGACAGAUGAGCUGAGAGGAGAGAUCGCUGUGCUGGAGGCCACUGUCCAGAACAACCAAGAUGAAAGACGGGCUCUUUUGGAAAGGUGUGUAAAAGGUGAAGGUGAGAUAGAGAAACUGCAGGCCAAAGUGGUGGAGCUGAGGCGGAAGCUGGAUGACACGACGGCGGCCAUGCAGGAGCUCGGCAGAGAGAACCAGUCGCUCCAGAUCAAACAGUCACAGUCUCUGACCAGGAAGUGGGCUGAAGAUCACGAAGUGCAAAACUGCAUGGCCUGUGGGAAGGGAUUUUCUGUCACUGUCAGGAAGCACCACUGCAGACAUUGCGGAAACAUUUUCUGUGCCGAGUGUUCAUCGAGGAACGCCCUCACGCCGUCCUCUAAAAAGCCAGUACGAGUCUGUGAGACGUGCUUCGAGGAGCUCCAAGGCUGAUUUCCCUCUCUCGUCCUUUUCCCUCCCUUAAAUCACCUUACCCCUUUGUCCCCUUUGCCCCCUCCCCUUACCUACUCCAGUGGGCAGAAGAAGGCGUGUCUUUGUCAUAUUUUAAUGUGCACUAUAAAGGACAGACCCAGUGCAAAGACUCCCACCUGCAUGUGACUUGUGGCUCUGGUGUGGAGGGAAAACACUGAAGGGUUUUAAUGAAGAGACACUAGAGUCAAGUGAUGGGAAUUUGGUGGGAUUGGUUGGGAUUGUCUGUAUCUGUAUUUGUGCCUUUGCUACUCCUGUGGACUGCCAGAGAGCGGAGACAGUGAGACCUAAACACCAUCCAUCUCUUUUAAGUUCACAUCUCCAUCAGUGUUUGUCAUUGCCAGCGAUUGCAAGGUGGUUGCUUUGUAUGUUGCAAAAUGUUUGACAUCGGGAGGUGGAAGGUCAGUGCGACACUGCAGGAGUGACUGGGGAAGUAAAUAUCGUAAAAGUGAUGUUGAAAAUCACUACUGCCCUACAAAGGUUAAUGCGGGUAACUAUUUUGUCCAAGAAAGGUGACAUUUUCUGUGUGUAAUUACAUCACUAACUAAGAAGUUUAAAUUCAGAUUUUAUAGCAAGAAAGUUAACCAGUAAUUCAAAUAUUUUGGGUGUUUUUUCAGAUGUAUUUAAUGUGUGUAGAUGCAGGUUUGAUGUGAAAAUAAUUUAUUUUUCUUCAAAUUUGUCCUCAGGAAAUCAUGAUUUGUGCUGAAACAGACUUACAUGCUGUCAGCACUUGAUUUGGCCCCAAAACGAGGUGAUUAAGUUUAUCUUAGUUAAGUUUUAAUUUGAUGUCUGUGGACAACAUUUUAAAUAUGAGAAUAUGCGUACUGUUUUGUAAAUUCUCACUGGUAAAGAUCCUUUCUGUUAACAUUGUGUUGUACAAUAUAACAAAGCAAAAGUGACCACAGCUCGAGAUUUUAAAACGUCAUGUUCGGUAUUAUAAAUCUUCAACUGUAGAAGGAAACAAUUCAUCAGUCAAUUUACGCACCAGCAAUUUUCUGUACAGGACUUGAGAUCGACCGUGACGUAAAAUCUAGUUACCGCAUUUUCCCUUUGUGCGGCAGCGUGUUUGUGUAUUUGUUGAAAUCAAAUGCUUUCAACCUUAUUCCAUGACCAAAGAAUGUCCGCAGCAGGAAUACAGCCGAGAUGAAAACCCCUCAGUUUGUUUCAUAUUUCAGUAUUUUUCUAAGCGUCUCUUUGAAAGCUUUUGAGUUUUUAAUCACAGGGUCCUACAUUUUUUUUUUUUUUUACACACAGCAUGUGUGACAGAUCUGAGAGGCUUUUAUGCACAGUCAGUUGUUUUUGCUGUGCCACAUUUCUCUGUGCGUGCAAAUUGUGGUGCUUUCUACAGACUGCUAAUGUAGUCAUUGAAGGUGCCUGCAUGUUUUAAUUUUUAUUUUUUCUGCUGCUCGUCUCCGCUCAGCACUGACUACUGCUGGAGCUGUGCGUGUGUGCAUGUGAGUGCGUGUGUGUGUGUGUGCUCCGCUUUGAAGCAAUAACUGUGGCAGUGUGUGUGACGUUGCUGUAAUAGAGUGUGUGUCUAAGUGUUUAGGCCUGCUGCGCUUGUCUGCUGAGAUGCACUGUACGAAUGUCGGCUGCUCAGAACCAUGGUAUCUCUCUGACAUUGCUGCUUUCAAGUGCGGCGGUUACUGUCGGUUCUCUGUCCUGCCUGUCUGCAGCUGAAGACACUGUAAAGUUCAUUCCUGCUUUGUAUAAUUUAUAAUUGUUGACAGAUAUGGGUAAGAUCUUUUUGUGCAAUUGUCUAAAGACUGGAGCAGGGGGAAAACACUGUAAGCCAGGCGACAAUUCUGGCAUUUUGCAAACAAGCAGCUUGUUUCAGACUUUGGCUUACCAAAUUCGCUCUUUACGCUCGGAUGCUCAUUAAAAAAAAAAAAAGAAUGUCCAUCUCAGUUGCAAGCUCUCAGCAACACCUGUCUCUUUUUGUGUUGCAUUGGUUUUGUUUUGUCUACCUCAGAUUGGCACAGGAAAAGCACUAUUUCUUAACCCGAGAGAUCACAAGUAUUGUCAUUGCCUGCAUUUGAUCAAUAAUUGAUGAUGAACUGUACAGUCCCUUAAAACCUAGAGAGAUGAUUUGCACCUUAUUGUAUUCUGGGUUCAUCCAUAUGAGAACCCAGCCACAAAUGUAGGACUACCAACUUUAUACAGGCUUCAGCAUUUCUAGCCCCUGAUGUACCUAACUGCUCAUCAAUACUAAGGCUGUCAUAAUUAUCUUUGUAAAUGUUUGUAAUGAAAGAGAAAAAGGAAAUAUAUAACACUUGUGGAUGUAGAAACAAGACAACAGUGAAAAUGUGUGUGGACUCAUCAGUGUCUUACUCAUUUUUACAAAAUUGCACCACAGACUUGUGCACACUGAAUUGUGGCUUGCUUCGUGUUGCUGUCAGUUAUCAUGCAUGAUGACUUAACUGGCCUGUGGCUCACACGUUUUCUCCACGUUUAGAGUCAUCAUAUUUGAUGGUCGUGAAGGUGUGCCUUAGGCCAACGUCUUGUACGUCACCCGCUCACUGUUAAGCGGUGGCGUGCACCAUGUAUUUACCACUGUCAGAGUGACCUCAGUUCAGCUGAAGGGACGAGAGAAAUCAUGUAAUUUAUGUUCACAUGCACCAGUUGAUUUUCUAAUUCAUUGUCAUGACAAACCUAAAUAAAACAUACAGUAUGUUUCUA